AUGGAGCUGCUGUAUCAACAAACGCACAAGCAGGUCCACGAGAUCCAGUCUCACAUGGAGAGACAAGCAGUCUCCGCACUCCACGUUGACCAGUCAAAGUAUGAUGUCCAGCACCUGCAGAGUGCUCUCAGAAACUUCCAGCACAAGCGCUAUGCAAGGGAGCAGCAGGAGAGACAGCGAGAGGAGCUUCUGGCUCACACCUUCACCGCUCAUGACUCUGACACCACCACACCAAUGGAUGAAUCGCUGCAGUUUAACUCCUCCCUCCAGGAAAUCCACCACGGCAAGGAUAACCUCACUGGCAGCAGGCACAGUAUCCUGGAGGGACUGAGGGCCCAGAGACUGACCUUGAAGGGGACUCAGAAGAAGAUCCUUGACAUUGCCAACAUGCUGGGCUUAUGCAGCACGGUGAUGCUGCUCAUCGAGAAGCGGGCUUUCCAGGACAAGCACUUCAUGAUCGGCAGGAUGCUAUUCACCUGUGUGACAAUGUUCCUCGUGGUGAAGUACCUGACAUGA